GAAGAGCAGAAGCGACUCAACAAGUGCUCUUCCGAGAGGAGCCCACAUAAGUACCCACAGAGGAACCCACAGAGGAACAUACAGAAGAACAUACAGAAGUACCCACAGAGGAACCCACAGAGGAACCCGCAGAGGAACAUACAGAAGUACCCACAGAGGAACCCACAGAGGAACAUACAGAGGAACAUACAGAAGUACCCACAGAGGAACCCGCAGAGGAACCCACAGAGGAACAUACAGAAGUACCCACAGAGGAACCCGCAGAGGAACCCACAGAGGAACAUACAGAAGUACCUGCAGAGGAACCCGCAGAGGAACCCGCAGAAGAACCCACAGAAGAAGUGAUGGAGUCCUCCGAGCAGACGCAGUGCGUCUCCAACGAACACCCGGCCGGCGGCUCCGGUGUGAACGGACACUUUGACGCGAUGGUGAAGUGCGCGGCGGCACCGGGCGGUUCCGCCCCGGCAGCCCCGCAGCCUCCCGGCGCGGAGUCCGGCUCUCCCCGGCCCGUGAUGGAGAGCUGGAGGGAGGAGCGCACGAGGAGCGCGGAGGACAACGAGACCAGCCUGCCGUCCCUGGCCGCCGCGUACACCUCCAUCCUGCGGGGGCUCGGGGAGGACCCGCAGCGCCAGGGGCUCCUCAAGACCCCCUGGAGGGCCGCCACCGCCAUGCAGUUCUUCACCAAAGGGUACCAGCAGAAGAUCAUCGACGUGCUGAACGACGCCAUCUUCGACGAAGACCACGACGAGAUGGUGAUCGUCAAAGACAUCGACAUGUUCUCCAUGUGUGAACAUCACCUGGUGCCAAUCUUCGGCCGGGUUCACAUCGGUUACCUCCCCAAUAAGAGAGUUCUGGGCCUCAGCAAGCUGGCCAGGAUUGUUGAAAUCUACAGCCGUCGUCUCCAAGUUCAGGAGAGGUUGACCAAACAGAUCGCGGUGGCGAUCACCGAGGCACUGCAGCCCACCGGGGUCGGCGUGGUCAUCGAGGCGACUCACAUGUGCAUGGUGAUGCGAGGCGUUCAGAAGAUGAACAGUAAAACCGUCACCAGCACCAUGUUGGGAGUCUUCAGGGAAGAUCCCAAAACCCGCGACGAGUUCCUGGCGCUGAUCCGGAGCUGAGGACGACUUCCUCCUGACGCCUCCACGGACCAGCCGCCAUAUUGUGUGUGUGUGUGUGAGUGUGUGUGUGUGUGUGUGUCCGUCUCACCAAAGGCAGUGACCCUGAGUCCACGGCGUGACCUUUGCCCCCUUUUGUUCACGUGAGUUGUGUUUACGCUGCUCGAGUCGUCAGGUAUCCAAAUACUGAAGGAGAGAAUUAAAGAUUAAUAAGAAGAACCCCAAAAACAUGCAUAAUGUUUGAGAAGAAACUUGCAGAUUUAUUAAAAGAUAAUUGGAUAUUUUCUGAAAUGAAGAAAUCUUAAAUUUCAGAGAUUCUAUGAAAUUCAAGUCCUAUAUUUAGAGAGGAAAAAAAAGAACACAUGUACGAAAGGAACAUUUAGAUAUUUUCUGAGAUUAAAGUUGUAGAUUUACAAGAGAAAAAAAAUCACAAACGUACAAAAAAAGAAUUGGAUGUUUUCUGAAACUAUAACUUACAAAACUUACAAAUGUUUUGACCAUCAUAAAUUGACGAGAAAAAAAAAAAAAAAUUCACGGACAAAACUUCUGAGAAUAUAAAGUCAUAAAUUUGGAAGAGAAAAAAAUUAAAUUUGGGAGAAAAAAACCUAAAAUUGUGUCACUUUAAUCUCAGAGAAUAUCGACUGUUUUAACGUAGACUUUAAUGUCAGAAUAUUAAUAUGACCCUCCUCCCUUAGACUUUACAUUCAAUAUAUGCUCAUAACAUUUUAAAUUCAAAUCACUCUUUUAAUCUUUUUAAAAAAAUACAAAUUAAAUAACUGAAUAAUUAAUUUUGUGUAUAAUUAUCUAAUGAAAGGAUGGAUAAUUAGUUAUAUUAGUUCUGUCAACUGGAAGUAAAAUUCGACAUGCAGAUUAAAAAUAUUUGAGUAAAGAGGACCGACGAGAGAGAUUUAUUAAUUAAGAAACUUCUAAUGCAGAAAAUGUAUUGCAACAAUUUAAUAAUUCAUUGUUUAAUGGUGUAAUAUGUCAUAAAUAUUAAUUUUAUAAAAUGCUAAACAAAUUCCAGCUUCUGAAAUGGGAUGAUUUUCAAAAACAAGCGAUUAGAAGUUCUCGUUUUGUGCUUUUUUCACUUAUUUCUGACGAAAAAACUAUUGAAAUCAAUUGAGAAGAUAAAUGAAAUUCAAAUAGAUAAUGAAAAUAAUAGUUAGUCGCAGCCCUUUUCUAGGAUUGUAUAAGUCAAAAGAUAAUAAAGAUAAUAAUAUCUUUUCACACGUGUUUGAAGACUCAAAAACCUCAGUUUACAAAUUAUGACUUGAAUCGUAACGUUUAUAUUAUCAAAAGAAACAAUAACAAUUAUUUACAUAUAAAAACAAAAAACAGUAUUCUUAUUAUUAGAUUUAGUUUUAAUCUCUUCCUCUUAUAAUAAGAAUAAUCAUUAUUAAUUUACACAUUUUAUAAUCAAUAUAAAAUGUUGUUAUCAUUAUUAUUAUAAUAAUACUGGUUAUUAUUAUUUUUAUGUGGAUCUGCUGUACGUGCCAACUUGCCUCUAAAUUAAAACCAAAAAAAUUACUUCACAGAAAAAUAACAAAAAAUGAGAGGCAAAUAAAAUGUGUGUGUGUGUGUGUGUGUGUGUGUGUCAGUUAGUAUUUGUGUUUACUUAUUUUGGGAGCUUCUAGCUUGUUUAGUGUUUGACUGGAGUUGACGUGUUUGUGUGUGAACGUUAGGGUGUGUGUUUAAGUGUGUGUUUAA